AUGAAGCAGAUUCUCUUUCCUGAAUCCAAGUCGAUUCCUGAUGUCUCAGUAUCAAUGGAUGCAGGGCUUGACCCUCACUCUCAGCGGACGGAGAGGACAGAUGCGGAUCCUGAUAUUUAUGAUGAAGAGAUCAAACCCUUGCAAAAGUGGUCCAUGACCCUACUUCUCGUAACUUACUUCUGGAUACUGGCGCUUUUACAAUGGAUAUCCGUCCAAGAGCAGGCUUCGAACACCUUAGCCACGUAUAUCAUCAGUAUAUUUGGAAAUUUAUCCAGCAGUCCGGCACUGUCUCAGGCAGCCUAUAUCGUCAGUGGUGUUAUCGACAUCCCUCUAUCGAAGAUCAUUGAUAUCUGGGGUCUCGACAUUGGAUUUUUGAUUAUGACGUUCCUUAAUACGCUAGGUUUGCUCAUGGUUGCUGUUUGCAAAAACAUCGCCACUUACGCUGCUGCGAAGAUUCUAUACCAAGUCGGGUUCCACGGCAUUACAUACGUAAUCACCGUCUUUAUCGCCGAGUUGACAGAUAAGAAGCACCGGGGUAUAGUGCUAAGUAUCACGACUCUACACUCCAUUGCAGGAUCAUUUGCAGGAGCCGCCUAUGCGCAGAGAUUCGAGACGGAUAGUACCUUCCGCUGGGCGUUCGCUGUACUGCUCAUUGUGGGCUUUGUGUUGUGCUUACCAGUUUGGUUGGUCAUUCGAUACCAUAGGAAGAAAGCCUGGAAGCAAGUAUCGUCUUCGGAACGACCACCCCCGAACCGUCGGCCGUGGUUCGAUGCUGUCAAGGGAUUUUGCGUUCAGAUCGAUAUGAUCGGUGUGAUUCUCUUCUGUUCUGGAUUGACAUUGUUCUUCAUUCCCUGGACUUUAGCAGCCAAGCAAGAGAACGGCUGGACUUCGGCAUCCAUCCUAGUAAUGAUUGUUCUCGGUUUCUUCCUUUUGGUCGCACUUACCAUCUGGGAGAGGGUCUUCACUCCAAAGUCCUUUCUUCCUUUCCACUGUCUCAGGAACCGCAAUAUUCUUGGAACCUGCAUUCUCUCUUUUGCAAUGAGUCUCAGUAAUUAUUGUUGGGAUCCAUAUUUCAGAGCGUAUUUGCAAAUUGUCCAUGCGCAGAGUAUCGCGAACUCUGGUUAUAUCGCUAAUAUACACUGGGAUGGUAUCGCAGUUGGUUCUAUUCUUGCUGGACUUCUCCUUCUCUAUACGCCACACUAUAAGCCAAUGUCACUUGCAGCCUUGGUACUAUCGGCUCUCGGAAGUGGUCUGAUGAUCAAAUUCCGCCACUCAUACACGAAUAUCGGGUAUGUCGUGAUGUGCCAGGUAUUCAUGGCCAUUGGUGCCGGCGUCUUGAACAUUACCGAAUAUAUUGCCCUCAUGGACUCGAAGGCAGACCAGAGUACCGCGUUCCUGUUUGCACUUUCUGUCAUGUCUUCGAAAAUUGGCAUCGUGAUUGGCCAGUCCAUAUCUGGUGGCAUCUGGACAAAUCUUCUUCCUGGAGAACUAUAUCGUCGAUUGCCUGAAGACCUUAAACCAAAAGCAAAGCGUUUCGCAGAUUCUAUUUACGCAGUAUUACAUUACCAUGUGGGAUCAGUUGAACGUGAAGCAAUCGAUGAGGCGUAUUCGGCUAUUCAGAGACUGCUCACCAUAUCGGGGACUUCAAUGCUCGCUUUCGCUUUUGUGGGUGUUUUUAUCUGGCGCCGAUCUUGA